UAAUUCGCCAAUGCGUCACUUUUAUGUUUUCCGCAACUUCUUUGCCUUCCUCUCAAACUUCUAUUUCAUAUUCCUUCCAUUUAUUAUUGCAUGCUCUGAAAUCAAAACCAGAAGAACCAACGCAUAUCCAUCACUACCAAACUUAAUCUCUUAGCCCCAAAAGCCUCAACCCUUCUUCCCUUCUUUUCCUACCCUUUUCUCUUCUUACUUCACAAACUUCGAAUCUCACCCUUUUCCUCAUGUGAAUUCUCUACUCUUCUUCGAUUUCCUUGGUGGGUUCUUCUGGGUGUUUCAUAUUUUCCCUCAUCUUUCCUUCUUUUUCGAGUUUCGAAUGGGACCCAUUAGAGGGUUCAAGAGGAAGAAGAAGAAGGUUGACCAAAAUGUCUUGGUUCCUUCUUCACUAACCUCUCAGCCCCAGCCCUUGGAUUGGUGGGAUGAGUUCUCUCAGAGGAUUUCUGGACCAUUAUCUGAGUCAAAGAACACAAAUUUUGAGUCAGUAUUCAAAAUUUCAAGAAAGACAUUCAGCUAUAUCAGUUCUCUUGUGAAAGAAGCAAUGAUGGCCAAAACUUCAAAUUUUACUGACUUAAACGGGAAGCCUUUGUCUAUAAAUGACCAAGUCGCGGUUGCUCUUAGGCGGCUUAGCUCUGGAGAAUCGUUAUCGAAUAUCGGCGAUUCAUUUGGAAUGAAUCAAUCAUCAGUUUCCCAAAUAACUUGGCGUUUCGUGGAGGCGAUGGAAGAGAAAGGACUCCAUCAUCUUUCGUGGCCUUCAACCGAAGAAGGUAUGGAUGAGAUAAAGUCGAAGUUUAAGAAAAUCAAAGGGCUUCCUAAUUGUUGCGGUGUAAUCGAAACGACGCACAUUAUGAUGACUUUGCCAACGACAGAAUCUGCACACGGCGUGUGGCUGGAUCGUGAGAAAAACUGUAGCAUGCUGUUGCAAGUGAUUGUAGAUCCAGAAAUGAGAUUCUGUGAUAUCAUCACAGGUUGGCCAGGAAGUUUGAGCGACGCUCUUGUGCUCCAAAGCUCGGGAUUUUUCAAACUUUCCCAAGAUGGGGAACGGUUAAACGGGAAGAAGAUGAAGCUGUCAGAAAGCUCAGAAGUAGGAGAAUACAUUAUAGGAGACUCUGGCUUCCCCCUCUUGCCAUGGCUACUAACUCCGUAUCAAGGGAAAGGGCUUUCGGAUUAUCAAACCGAGUUCAAUAAGCGACAUUUCGCCACGAGAUUGGUGGCUCAAAGGGCAUUGACAAGGUUGAAAGAGAUGUGGAAGAUCAUUAAAGGGGUAAUGUGGAAGCCUGACAAGCAUAGGCUACCAAGGAUUGUUCUUGUUUGCUGCUUACUUCACAAUAUCGUGAUCGAUAUGGAGGACGAGGUGCAAGACGAAAUGCCGUUGUCCCAUCAUCACGAUCCGAGUUACCGACAGCAAAGUUGUGAAUUCGUCGACAAUACCGCUUCCAUGGCAAGGGAGAAGCUCUCCAUGUACUUAUUGGGAAAGUUACCGCCCUAAGAAAACGUCGUCGUGCAUCAAAACAUUCUUUUUCCUUUUCAUAGAUUGAUCUGUGGUGGUGUUAAUUGAUAUUCAGUGGUUUAGAUGUUAUGGAUGACAUAAAUUUGAUUCAUAUCUAUAUAGCCUCUGGUGAGAUUAUGGUCUGC